CGAGGCAAGAUGUUGCGGCGCAGCUUGGAGAGCCGGGAUGCCCAGACGCGGCAGCUGCAGGACGCAGUGGCCAACGUGGAGAAGCACUUCGGGGAGCUGUGCCAGAUCUUCGCGGCCUACGUGCGCAAGACGGCCCGGCUGCGGGACAAGGCCGACCUGCUGGUGCAGGAGGUGACGGCCUACGCCGCCUCCGAGACCCCGCAGCUCCGCCAGGGCCUCAAGAGCUUCGCCGAGGAGUUCGCCAAGCUGCAGGACUACCGGCAGGCCGAGGUUGAAAGACUUGAAGCCAAAGUUGUUGAACCUCUGAAAGUUUACGGCACCAUUGUAAAAAUGAAAAGGGAUGAUCUCAAAGCAACAUUAACAGCAAGAAAUCGAGAAGCUAAACAGUUAACUCAAUUAGAAAGAACACGUCAGCGAAACCCCUCUGAUCGGCAUAUUAUUUCACAGGCAGAAACUGAAUUACAAAGAGCUACAAUAGAUGCUACCCGAACAACUCGUCAUUUAGAAGAAACUAUUGACAAUUUUGAAAAACAGAAAAUAAAGGAUAUAAAGAAUAUAUUUUCAGAGUUCAUCACAAUUGAAAUGUUAUUUCAUGGCAAAGCCUUAGAGGUCUACACUACUGCCUUCCAAGAUAUACAAAAGAUUGAUGAAGAAGAAGAUUUAGAGGUAUUCAGAAAUUCUCUGUAUCCAGCAGACUACUCAUCUCGUUUAGAUAUUGUCCGAGCAAACUCAAAAUCACCUCUUCAGAGAUCACUAUCAUCUAAAUGCGUAUCUGGAACAGGACAGGUAACCACUGGUCGACUAAGAAAGGAUCAGCAAGCAGAUGAUGAUGAUGAGGAUGAAGACUUAGAUAUUACAGAAGAUGAAAGUUAAUUUUUAUUUUCAUCUUUAAUUACUUGGAAUUCAGUAUUAUUAUUAUUAUUAUUAUAAAAUUUUAUACUGGCUUAUAUUAAAUCCCAAAAAGAAGUUAACUGGAAAUGGAAAAAAAUUAAAUGAAAUGUAACUGACCAAAAAUGAAAGUUUAUAAGACUAUUACACUAUUAUAAGAAUACUAUACAACUGUCAUUUCAACACUGUACCUAGUGGAAUAUCUUUUGUAUAGGUGCCAUUUUUAACUGUAUAUUCCAAAAUAAUUCAUAAUGCAUUGUAUUAUAUACCUAGAUGAGAUUGCUGUAACAAGUAAGUAGACACAACCCAAAAGAUCUACAUUUUCACUAUUUAGAGGAACAUGAUUUAAUCACCAGAAAAUGGUCCUACAUACUUUCUCUGAUUAAAUAUAAAUAUUUCAUAAACCUUAGAAAAGCUUUCUUUUUUUCUUUGGCUUUUUAUCCAUUUUACUAAACCUAGUUUUAUGAUUCACAUGUAUAUUGGCUUUUCAGGAAAGCAAAAGUAUUGUAAUCACUCAAAGGUAAAGGAUGUUAGGAUAUCACUGUUUCACAAAUACACAGAGAACAAAGUUUGCUUACUACUUUUUUUUUUAGAAAGCCAUCAGUCUCAUUCUGGUUUGAAAAUCAAACCACUAUGAUAUAUUAUACAUAAUUCAGUGUACAACUGAAAAAUUGUAAUUUUGUUUAAGGAAAUGUUAUGGGGAAGCCAUAAAUAAAAAUUCAAUAAAAAAUUUACCAGUUAUAAUCUA